ACUUACUCCGGCUUGUUCUGUGUCACUAUCAACCCUUACAAGUGGCUUCCCAUCUACGGGGCCCGCGUGGCCAACAUGUACAAGGGCAGGAAACGCACGGAGGUGCCCCCUCACCUGUUCUCCAUCUCUGACAACGCCUACCAUGACAUGCUCAUGGAACGUGAAAACCAGUCUAUGCUGAUUACCGGAGAAUCCGGAGCCGGCAAGACUGAAAACACCAAAAAGGUCAUCCAGUACUUUGCGAACAUCGGCAGCACGGGCAAAGCCUCUACCGAUGGGAAGGGCUCCCUGGAGGAUCAAAUCAUCCAGGCCAACCCUGUGCUGGAAGCGUUUGGGAAUGCCAAAACAACCAGGAACAACAAUUCCUCUCGUUUUGGUAAAUUCAUCAGAAUUCAUUUCGGCAGCACAGGAAAACUGGCUGGAGCUGACAUUGAGAGCUAUCUCUUAGAGAAGUCUCGGGUCAUUUCCCAGCAACCGGCCGAAAGAGGCUAUCACAUCUUCUACCAGCUCCUCUCCAACAAGAAGCCCGAACUUGUCGAGAACUUGCUUUGUGUGCCGGAUCCAAAGGAAUACCACUGGACAAGCCAAGGGGUGGUUGUGGUUGACAACAUGGAUGACGGAGAAGAAUUGCUCCUCACCGAUGUUGCCUUUGACGUCCUGGGCUUCACUCAAGAAGAGAAGGUCAGCGUCUACAAGCUCACCGGUGGCAUCAUGCAUUUCGGCAAUAUGAAAUUCAAGCAGAAGCCAAGAGAGGAACAGGCAGAAGUCGACACCACCGAAGUGGCUGACAAAGUCGCCCACCUCAUGAGCCUCAACUCCGGGGAACUCCAGAAGGGCAUCACCAGGCCCCGGGUGAAAGUGGGCAACGAGUUCGUCCAGAAAGGGCAGAACAUGGACCAGUGCCACAACUCAGUGGGCGCCCUGGGCAAAGCCAUCUACGACAAGAUGUUCAAGUGGCUGGUGGUCCGCAUCAACAAGACCCUGGACACCAAGAUGCAGAGGCAGUUCUUCAUCGGGGUGCUGGAUAUCGCCGGCUUUGAGAUCUUUGAGUUCAACAGCUUUGAGCAGCUGUGCAUCAACUUCACCAACGAGAAGCUGCAGCAGUUCUUCAACCACCACAUGUUUGUCCUGGAGCAAGAGGAGUAUAAGAGAGAAGGGAUCGAUUGGGUGUUCAUUGACUUUGGCCUGGAUCUGCAGGCUUGCAUUGAGCUCCUGGAAAAGCCCAUGGGCAUCUUCUCCAUCCUGGAAGAGCAGUGCGUGUUCCCCAAGGCCACCGAUGCGACUUUCAAGGCUGCCCUCUACGACAACCAUCUGGGCAAGUCCCCCAACUUCCUGAAGCCCAAAGGCGGCAAGGGCAAAGGGGCGGAAGCUCACUUCGAGCUGGUGCAUUAUGCAGGGACG